UUUGAAAUGCUAGAAGUGGUUGCGGCAGCACUGUGCCUUCACACCCUGAAGGACAAAACCGUGGGUCAUCGAGCCUCGAACUUCCAAGAAUGUGUCACGAUGCUGAGGGGAAACAAAAUAAUAUUUGAAUUCAUCAUUCGAUUGUUACUCCCACAUCAUAGAGGGGCGGUGCCCACCGAGAUGGACACCGAGAGAAACGUUGGUGCAACCGUAAUGCCGUUCUUUGAUAUUGCUUCGAAUCCAUCAUUCUUCUGCCACUCGUAAGCGUGUUAGUGGGCCCACGCUAUCACCUGAGCACUGAAUGUUGAUCAUUAGAAACCAGCCUCUUAUUACUCCCCCUAUCAUGGGGUUCGGGAGUACAACUCCUCACCCCGACUUACUGACAUCCGUGGGCUUCAACGAGCUGAUGGACAUCCGAGUCGGAAUCUUUAUUGGGGAAGCCAAACGUCCGGGGACGGAGGGCCCCACACAUACAAAGCCCCAACCAACACCCGCGUCGUCUAGCUUGUCAGUGCCAAAGACGCAAUCCGCUGCAAAGCCUGAUUUCACCCAAGCUCUGAACCAAACGUUCCUCGCGUCGCUUCCUAUUCUGUCGCUUAUUGCGUUGGCUGCGACUAAUGGAACGCAAUUCAGUCCUAGCAACCCCCCUCCUCUCCCCAGACAUGGUUUUGUCUUUGGAUUGCGCUAUUCUGCAGCAAUGAUCAUAGUAGACAUUAUGUUCCCAUCAUGGGACCAGCAAGCAGUUGGUGCCCCCGAUGCCCCAUCCUCCGGCUGGGUGUAUAAUACGGCUAGGCUUGGAGAAUUUUCCCUAUUAGACAUGUUUGUUGGAGACCAGUUGAGUGCGGAGGCGUUGAGGUUCCUGGAGGUUAUGGCCGAAAUCCUAGAACACAACAACCGAUUAUUUGAAGAAUUGUCAGCUGCUUCAUUCCAUGGGAUCGUGGGAGAAGCGUUUAAGGUUUGGAGGCAUGGUAUUACUGAUGAAGGAUUAUGGCUGGAGCACUUGCUGCAUCUUGAUCCAGCAUAUGGAGAAGCCCUGAGACGUGAGGACGUUUCCACGAUCCAAGAAGACUACCGUUUUAGAGAUGAAGAAAAGGAGCGAGAGAAGAGGGAAAAGAAGGAAAAGAAGAGCAAGGAGGGCAAAGGCAAGGACAAAGACAAGGGGGAAGCUCGUGCCCUGGAGGAGCAGAUAGCAGCGCUGGCGGUGGGAAAGCCAAGUGUUAAACACCAGUAAAGUUGCAUCCUAGCUACCAGAACAACAGAUUCCCGGUCACUUACAGCCCUCGUCACAAAAAAACAGUGCGCCAGAUAUGGGUGAAUGAAGCUCUGGGGUCUAUUCGAGAGCAUGGAAAGACCACUCAAAAACACUUCCAUGAUUGACUCCUUGCCAUGCACGAUACUCCACGUAAUCCCACUGCCGCGGCCCAACAAAGAUGCGCUGGUGCGCGCACUAAGCCUCGAUAUAGAGAACUGGAUUGAAAUAUUG